UAUAUAUCCUCGAGAUUAAAACACGACAAACAUAACAUGACUGCAUCCCGUGACACUGGGUAUGCAACCACUGAUAUUUGAAGAAAGCUCUUAAAAUGAAUUCGCUAAUGAAUUCACGACUUUUUCCAGAAAAGUCCCUAGACAAGAAUCCUGGAAAGAUACCCUAAUUCAGCAGGAUGCUUUCAAGUCCAAGCACUAGGUCCAUCAGGACUAGUAAUAAAAGUUCCUUAAAACCAUGCUAAUAUAAACCAGACGAAGAUGCUACUACAUUAUCCUGGAUCAAACAGGAAGAGAAGCCAAAGAAAAAUAAAUGAACCUGACAGAGGGUUAGAAUCAGGGCAGGUACUAGCCCGAGAGCUGAAAGUAUUAUCCGGGGUGCAGAAGCGCGGGGUGUGGUAUGGAAGCGAGGGAAAAGACAGGCGCAUAGCCACCAUUUCAUCCAACCUAUCAACCCACCAGUACCCAGCUCGUAUAUGCUCGUAGGUAUCGCGUAGCCACCGCGCGUAGGACUCCGCACCGGGUUAACUUUAUACUCGUGAGUCUCGCGUACGCGAUCGUUCGCGCGUGUCUGAGAACCAGGUGGAAGAAAACUUGAAGUUUCCGAAUAGAAAUUCUCAGCCAAGAAUGAAGCAUCGAGACAGGAAGACUGGCUGAACUGUGAUAUAUAUCUCGUACGUGUGUAACUUCCAGCUUUAUUAUCGUAUCAAUGCAAGUUUCUGCACGAAGUUAAAAGGUUCCUGGACGAUAUUAUUCAGCUGACUGGAUAUCAAGUAGCACGUGGUUGAUCGUGACCAAGGAUAUCAGCAGGUCUUAUAUAAUUCUUCAUGAUGGAAGGAGCCUGCCAAGGAGAACGCUUAUCGGGUGAUAAAUACUCGUCGAGGAAUCGUCGUGGUCGACGAUACGAGGCAUCUUGGAACGAUUAGGGGUGAAAUUGUCCGAGGUGGUGAGAAAGUACGACGACGCGCGACAAGGUGCGACAAGGCGCACAGGGGAAGGUCGACCUCCUGGUGCGCAGAGAGAUGACCGAUUUACAGGCGACCAUCGAGAUCUCUCUCGAACUCUGCAAAUUCUACAAUGUCGACCUUUUCCAGCGCGGAUAUUACCAGAUCAGAACGGCGCUCAGGGUGUCGCCGAAAAUUCCGAUCAAGGUGGAAGUCAAUCAAAUACGCAAUCAUUCGCUCGAGGAACCUGGUAACAGCAAACGGUUUCAGAUCCUCUAUCGCAACGAGGAAAUUCCAUUGGGCACGUCCAUCCUAUUUCGUGCGCACGUCCUGGUGCACAGUCAUAAAAUUGAGGAAGCACUAUCGCGCACAAAUUUCAGUCUUGGAAUUGAACUUUGGUUCAGUGAACCGACGCAAGGUGGAAACAUGGUCUGCGUAUCGUCCAGGUCAUUGCAGCUAAAUUUUAAUCCAGCCAAAGGUCUGCACUAUCAUCUACCGGUUAUCUUUGAUUACUUUCAUCUUGCAGCUAUUUCUAUGAGUGUCCACGCCUGCCUCGUAGCUCUUCAUCAGCCUUACGUUAAGAAGAGUAUUUUGCACUAUGUACAAAGUUGUGCUCCAAGAGGUGGGAAGCCCUGGCUACAAUCCAAGCAAUCUCCGGCCAAUGGGGAUAAUAAUGUAUUUUUUGGGAAUAUCGAGACUACGACUAGAUGUGUUGGUUCAGCAACGAGGGUGCAGCACGCCAAGUUAUUACAGAGAGAAGUUACCAGGUUGCUGCUGGCAGCUCGUGAAUCAUUACUCGCUGAUUUGGCUGAUCUUGCGCGAUUAUUACCAUCCUGGCAGCAAAGAGCUCUUGAACUAGCUCAGAAUACACAUAGAGAAGUAACGGAGAUGAUGGACACGGAGGACGCUGACAUCGCCCAAUUGUGUGCACAGAAUAUCCUCCUCUGGCAACACUUCUUGGAGGCUUUUACCGGCCGAGAAGAAGUGCAACAGCAUUUAGGAAGAAUUCAUCAUCAGCUCAGAGUUAAGCGCUUCUCGGAAGGAUUCUUCAUCCUAGAAAAUCCAAGAACUUCAGCAGCUGGUUGUUACGAUGCCAACUACCAAUCGUACCAAGCUGUCAGCGAAGCUGCUCGAAGAUCUCGUUAUCUGGCUGCUCUACCACUUCUGCCAGUCCACUGCCUAGAGAUGGACGGAGACUUACACUCGAUACCUUUAAUCUUUGAAGAUCAAUAUGCUGACAUGCAGCAAAGGCACAGAAACAGCGUUCCCAGCAUGGAUGACUGUUCCUGUGGAAUAGCAGCCAUUCUGGAGUCUCGUUCGAUGGGAGUAUGGUCUCCGAGAAGCGAAGGAGCGGCCCAGGACAUCGGAGCGAUACAUGGUCGAUUGAUGCUGGCUCCAUCAGCGCUACCAGCGAGGCACAGUAAAUCCCUGGACCAACUUGGCCCGGAACUGGUACCCCUGCAGCCAAGAACAUCCCCGAAAACUCUACCUAGGUCGGCAUCGACACAACUCUUCACGCGGCACAGGGCUGCUUCUCGUAACGUCACACCACCGGCGACUGUUCCAUCCAGAGGUAGAGCCAGGUCGGCAAUACCGUCCAGUGCUUCGUUAUUCGCGAGUUCCCAGCAGGCCUGUUCAGCGCCGAAUCCGUCGCUCAGCUCGACGCCGAUUGUGACCUUACCUAGAGCUAAGUCGACUCAGAUGUUGUUACCUCAAUCGUACAGACAGCAUCUGGAUACCGAAUCAACAUCCAUCACGUCCUUGUUAGCUGCCAUGUUUCCUGAACUACCUCCUAGUGGACACUUUCCCGGAUACCGACCGUCUGGCAAAUCUCAUGAUCAGACUUUAAAGGUACCAACCUGUAUGGGAACGCUGGACCUGGUACAGUUGGCCGGAUGUUUGACAUCGGAGAACAAGAAUAGAAGCAAUGUCGUUGGUGGCGACGGGAUCCACUCUUUGGAUACUCGAAAAACCCGACUGGAAUCAAGGAGCCACCGGCUUAUCGGCAGAGAUCCAUUAGCUUCCACUAGCAAUUAUCAGGCAUCCUUUCAUAUCGGUGAACCAAGUUCAAACGGCAAUGGGUUCCCUAGUGAUUCUCACGGUCUCCAUACAGCUACAUUGGAUCGUUUGACGUACCGUGCGAACUCUAAAAGGCACGUUCACCAAUCUGGUAGCAAGUAUCAGACGAACAGUCUCGAGUUCAGGAGAUACCACACUACAGGAAAAAGUGCGGGAGCUCAAAUACAGCGAAAUCGCGAGACGCAGGAUAUAAAUGGCGCGCACUCGAGUAGUCAUUCACUUCUUGUCGAUCCAUUAAACAAGAGAUCAAACAAUAAUUAUUCUGGUGUUACCUUCGAGUCCUUCUUUUAUCGUACAAACGGAACCAGCGCUAAGAAUCAAGAAAGUAGCGAGGCAAGACUAAAACGCCCUAAAAGUACAGAACGCCUUCUUGAAGAUAUAGAAAGAAACGAACAUUGCGAUACGCGAAGAUUCGAUAGAAGGGAGGACAGAGUAGUAAAAUCGUCCAAAAACGAUAGGAUAUCUAGUCAGGAAGAAAAGCCUAAACGAGGGCACGGAGAAAAAAGAAGCGCGGAUGCCAGUCAAGAGCCAGUCUAUGAGAUCAUCGCCCUGAAAUUGAAAGACACAAAUACAGUAUCUCACGAAGGCAGAAGAAGACAGAAACAAGGUAGAAGACCACACUCGGCUCCAUCCAUGCAGGCCGAGAGAGGAAGAAUCGAGGACAACAAAAGGUGUAAUCACAGAGCCAGGAAACCGACGCCACCUCCUGGGUAUCAGGAUUCAGGGCCACUGUCAAAACACAGACAUCCAGUACCGGCUACAACGAGUGUCGUUGAGGUCGAGAAUAAUAAUAAAAUUAUUCUCAAAGUGGAGCCAAUCAAGUCGCCGAUGGAGUCCGAUGCCACCAAUGGCAAGGAGUCCGGAGAUUCUUCAACAAAAGGUGCGCCUCCAGCAAACACAAAAAGACUUAGAUGCGCGAGUGUACCUGUGGCACAAAAUAAGGUGGUAGUACCUAGAAGUGCAGUGUCUUUACCAUGCAUGCCUAUUCGUGAUAGUAAGGAUAGUCUGAGUAAUACCCUUACCGCCAUUCCAAAUCCCUUAAGUCCGUCGUCCACGAGACCCAGUAGUCCCACCACGAGUUCCAGUUCAAGCAAUCUUACCUCGGAGUGUUCCGGGUGGGUCAGCAGUGGGGAUACCUCGAGUUCCGAACACAGAAGAGCAAAACUCUCGAGCGAACAAUUGCGCCAGAAGUUGUCCAGGAUCGUUCCGAAGUCUGAGAAACCUGAGAAACCGGGACAAGAGAAGCUUCUCGAACACUCUUACGAGGAACUGCGCCUUCCGCCGCCAAAGAUGUUCCAGGAUGAGCCUCCGCCUCCAGAAGAAUUCCGUGAUCCACCUGCACCCAUCGACAAUCCCCUCUAUCACGUGUACGAGACGGUGAGGAGAUCUAAAAGUCCAAGGCAGAACAAGACGGCACCGUGCAGCCCUCAGAGAAACAACGACCGUCAAAGGGAGGAGCCUGAAGGUGCUUAUGGUCCUGUAGAUAUUUGUCUGGAUUGCUACGAGGAGGGCAAGGAAUUGCUACGUUCCACUCAGGAUGACUGGAUAAACUUUAACAAGUGUAAGGAGGAGUUCAAGCGACAGAUGAGCUUCUCCGGAAAGUUCUACAGCGACUACCCAGCGAUGGCCUCCACAAUUCCUUACUUCCAAUUCAACAACGAGCAGCGAGUUUUGACACCGGAAGGUUCGCAUCUUGUAAUUUGCGUUCAUGGCCUAGAAGGAAAUUCAGCGGAUCUACGGCUCGUCAAGACUUACAUCGAAUUGGGUCUACCUGGGGCGAAACUCGAAUUCCUGAUGUCCGACAGAAAUCAGGGCGAUACCUUUUCUGACUUCGAUACGAUGACUGAUCGACUGGUAGCAGAAAUUCUUCACCACAUUGAGACUUCCGGAUUAAAUCCAACCAAGGUCAGUUUUAUUGGACACUCUUUGGGGACCAUCAUUAUUCGCAGUGUUCUCACUCGACCACAGCUACGACCACUGCUCUCACGCCUUCACACCUUCCUCAGUUUAAGUGGGCCUCAUUUGGGCACACUCUAUAACAACAGUGGUCUCGUCAAUGCAGGUAUGUGGUUUAUGCAAAAAUGGAAGAAAUCAGGAUCGCUUCUACAGUUAGCGAUGAGGGACGCGUCGGACUUAAGACGCACCUUCAUGUUCCGGUUAAGUCAGAAAAGCAAUCUUCAGCAUUUCCGGCACGUUAUACUCUGCGGAAGUGCUCAGGAUCGUUACGUGCCACUUCAUUCAGCUCGCAUCGAACUCUGUAAAGCCGCCGUACGAGAUCCUACUGAUCAAGGAGCUGCUUAUCGGGAAAUGGUGCAUAAUAUUCUGUAUCCGGUUAUGUCGUCGCCAGGAGUUAGUCUAGUAAGAUACGACGUGCAUCACGCUUUGCCGCCAACAGCAAAUGCAUUUAUAGGUCGUGCCGCUCACAUCGCCGUCCUGGAUUCUGAACUCUUCAUCGAAAAGUUUCUCCUGGUAGUGGGUCUGAACUAUUUCAGAUAAAAUGAAGAGGAAGUAAGGUAGAGGAGAAUGAAAAAAAAUGGACUGCCUCCAUAGCUGCAUUAUAGCCCCAGAAUAUUACAGUAGACUAUCUGAAUAAUAAUUCUCAGCGUCGCUCUUCUUCACCUGGGCAAAUUCAAAAUGUCCGACGAUUAAAGUAUUUACUCAGGUGACAGGAAGUUCCGUUCAUUCCGCAAAGCAGGGUCGUUCACUUCGCGAAGUGGACACGAACGUAUUCACGAAAUCGCUCCAAGCGUGUUUCUCAUGUAUAUAAAAGGAAAAAAAAAAAGUAAUACUUCGUGCAAAUCGGGCUAGCGAUCAGAAAUUGCGGAAAAUCGCGAGAGCAUAAAUCGGAGAUAAAUAAUUGAAUCGGGAAGUGCAACUUAAAGUAAGAUUAGAUAAGGAGCACGGGCGUAUGCAGUUCAGAGGGUGAAAAAAGAAGGACGGAACGAAAAUCAAAUUGUGAUGAUUCGAAAUUUUUACACUUGCACGAUAUGAUCUAUCGUUAAAACGAUUGCCGUCGAUUAAUACGCUAAUUAUUCGCCGUUUACGUUCCUAUAUAUUGUAUACAUACGUAUACCUACAUUGUGUCGAUGUCGCGCGUUUUAUUACGAUUUUUUCGAAAGUUUACAUUCGAGUCGUUUUGGACCGACGCAAAAGGGCCUAUUUCUGUUAUACUAGUCAGAGUCUAGUCGUAGAUCAUUUUUUUAAUGGCGUUCCUAGUGCGAGGGUAGUUUGACGAUAAACCUAAAGCACUGUUUAUGUUUUCCCAUAAUACCUCUUUAUUCUGACUCGAACUUACUUUGUAUUUGUUACUUAAUUUUGCGAACUUUAUAAAUUUUGCCAAAAUCAGUCACACUUGAUCAAUACGAAUGAAGCCAAUGACAUGGUAAACGAUCAAGGGUGAACUGACUAAAGAAUUCCAAUUGCGAUUUAUUGGAAUUUAAAGGCUGAUCAACUCAAUUGCGUUUGACUGCUCUGAAUUCAAUGUAAUCAGAGAUUGAUUUGAUUCAUUGUGUCGUUCGGCCUAGGAUUAAUCGUAAAGAUAAAAUGAGUCGUAAAUCAUUAUUAAUUCGCCGUGUGAAACGACUGAGUCAUAAAAGCACCGUCAUUAUAAAAA